GGCUGGACAGACCGGAAGUGACGUCACGCUGGCUCACAAAACCGGGAUUAAACCGUGGGAUUAGACCGUAAAUGGACGGAGCGAGCGAGCGAGCGGUCGGACGCCUGCGGCGCGGCGGUCUUCUUUGUGGUCGCUGAAGAGCCAGAGAGGGCCUGACCCGGUCUGAGAGCACCCCAGCCGACCUAGGAAAUGCUCAGCAGCCAUCUGACAGGUGACUUUCAACAUUCAGUCGAACCAGUGUGUUAGGAAAACACCCCCCAUACCGUCACUGACCGGCCCAUGCACACUCACAGCACCAUGGGAAGCUCCCCCGAGGUGCUCUCGUGGACUUCCUGCCCCAGCCUGCUGGUGGGUAAGCUGAAGGAGGAGCUCAAACUCACCGUUGUUGGGGAUGCCAUGAAGAAAUCGAACGGACCCAACUCCCAGCCUCAGCCUCCCCAGGCCCCUCCUGCCAACUUACCCCCUCAGAUCAUCACAGACCUUGCCCCGCCGACGCACCUGCCCGUCCCGCUGCAGACACUGCAGCUGCCGGGCCAGGAUGAGGACUCAGUCCUGGGCGGCACGAGUCCUCCUAACACAGCCCUGAGCGAGGACUCGACACGGAGCGAGGGUGGACACUUUGACAACAGUGUGUUGCAGCUCCAAGAGCAGGGCCAUGAGGAGGCUGGAUCACCGGCAUCUUGUGGCCAUGGGGAGUGUGGGAGCGGAGGGGAGGAGGGGAUGGGAGAGGGGGAAUGUCCCAUGGACCACAGUGGAGGGGGCAGGCAGAACCACCCCCAGCACCCAGAUGAUAUUAAGCUGCACUUCCACAGAGCCGGACCUGGGUCAGGGGGCUUCCUGGAGGGGCUGUUUGGCUGUCUGCGGCCUGUCUGGAACAUUAUAGGGAAGACCUACUCAACAGAAUACAAGCUGCAACAGCAAGAUAUGUGGGAGGUUCCAUUUGAGGAGAUCUCGGAGUUGCAGUGGUUGGGCAGCGGGGCACAGGGGGCUGUCUUCCUGGGCAAGUUCCAUUCCGAGGAGGUGGCCAUCAAGAAGGUGCGCGAGCAGAAGGAGACGGACAUUAAACACCUGCGAAAACUCAAGCACCCCAACAUCAUUGGCUUCAAGGGUGUGUGUACCCAGGCCCCCUGCUACUGCAUCAUCAUGGAAUACUGUGCCCAAGGGCAGCUGUAUGAGGUGCUGAGGGCAGGCCGUAAAGUCACUCCCAGGCUGCUGGUGGACUGGGCCUCAGGCAUUGCUAGCGGCAUGAACUACCUACACCUCCACAAGAUCAUCCACAGAGACCUAAAGUCUCCCAAUGUUUUGGUGACCCACAACGACACUGUGAAAAUCUCUGACUUUGGAACAUCCAAGGAGCUCAGUGACAAAAGUACUAAGAUGUCUUUUGCGGGCACGGUGGCCUGGAUGGCCCCAGAAGUAAUCAGGAAUGAGCCCGUGUCUGAGAAAGUUGACAUCUGGUCGUUUGGAGUGGUAUUAUGGGAGCUCCUGACAGGAGAGAUUCCUUACAAAGACGUGGACUCCUCAGCUAUCAUCUGGGGCGUUGGCAGCAACAGUCUGCACCUCCCCGUACCGUCCACCUGCCCUGAUGGCUUCAAAAUCCUUAUGAAACAGACAUGGCAAGGCAAGCCCAGGAACAGGCCGUCGUUUCGUCAGAUCCUGCUCCACCUGGACAUUGCCUCUGCUGAUGUUUUAGGAGCCCCUCAGGAGACCUACUUCAAGUCUCAGGCGGAGUGGCGGGAGGAGGUGAAAAAACAUUUUGAGAAGAUCAAAAGUGAAGGCACCUGCAUCCACAGGCUGGAUGAAGAGCUGAUCCGUCGCAGGAGGGAUGAGCUCAGGCAUGCGCUGGACAUCCGGGAGCACUACGAGAGGAAACUGGAGCGAGCCAACAACCUUUACAUGGAGCUGAGUGCCAUCAUGUUGCAGUUGGAGGUCCGAGAGAAGGAGCUAAUGAAGAGGGAGCAGGCGGUGGAGAAGAAGUAUCCAGGAAACUACAAGCGCCAUCUGGUCAGACCCAUUGUCAGGUCCAAUGCUGUAGAGAAGCUCAUCAAGAAGAAAGGAAGCAUGUCCCAUAAACCUGGGAUGCCCCCGACUAAAAGGCCGGACCUACUUCGUUCUGAUGGAAUCCCCAAUGUCGAUCCCCUGCCCUCCCCCUCGCCACUAUCCGGCAGCCCCAAAGUCUCCACACCUCCCUGUAAGGCCCGCUACCGAAGCAAACCUCGUCACCGUCGCGCCAACAGUAAGGGAAGCCACAGUGAAUUUCCCGGAGUGCUGAAGCCCGGGGCUGGGGCCGCAGAGGAGACCCAGCCCCUGCAAGAGCAGCAAUACCACCACCAUCAUCAUCAUCACCACCACCACCACCUUCACCAUCCCCCACCACCGCCAGAGGGCCCCCUCCUCCCCUUGCAGGGCCGCGAGGAGGCUGUCGUCAACUGUGCCAACAACCUGCGAUAUUUCGGCCCCGCUGCUGCCCUCCGCAGCCCCCAAACGGACCACCUGCAGCGCCGCGUCUCUGGUUCCAGUCCCGACCUUAUUUCCACUGCUGUGGAUGCUGACUCCCGCCAGCGGGUCACAUCCACCUGCUCCGGUCUCAUCCCAAGCCCCAGCGCGGGUUCUCUUUGCCCCUGCUGUCAAGCCCAUCCUUUCCCUGGCUGCAUGCACUGUCAGGAAUCCUCUCCCACCUCCAGCCACCCGGAGCUGCCUCACUACUCACUGCUCACCCCCCAAGGAGGGGCGCCAUCGCCGUUGGUGGUGCCCAACAGAGUGCCUGACCCUGCCACUGAGGGAGAGGCCACAGAGAAGACAGAGCCAAGGGAACAAGAAGCAUCGCCUCAUGCACACACUCUGCCCACUGCACUUCCUCGCACAGUCAGACCAUUAAGGAAGGGUGGUGAUGAGUCGUCCGAGGAGGAAGAGGGGGAGGUGGACAGUGAAGUGGAGUUUCCGAGGAGACAGAGACCUCACCGAUGCAUGAGCAGCUUUCAGUCAUACUCCACCUUCAGCUCAGAGAACCUGUCCGUGUCCGACGGGGAGGAGGGCAACACCAGCGACCACUCCCACAGCGGACCCCUGGAGCAGCUGAGUGCUAGCCAGGAGGAGCACCUGGAUGAGCUGCUGUCGCACACGCCCGACAUCCCCAUUGACAUCUCCACCCAGUCAGAUGGCCUGUCCGAUAAGGAGUGCGCCGUCCGCAGGGUGAAGACCCAGAUUUCUCUGGGCAAACUGUGCUCCGACGAGCACAGCUAUGAGAAUCCACUACAGUUUGGCGACUCUGACUGUGACUCGUCAGAGGCUGAAUGCUCCGAUGCCACCAUAAGGAACAACAAACCUGGGGCCCCGUCCUCGUGGUGAAAUCCACCCAGGGCUCCAUUCUCUCUCAUUGCCUGGAGACCGACAUAUCCCACCCAGUCCUGCAGGAACUACAUAUCCCACUCAGUCCUGCAGGAACUACAUAUCCCACUCAGUCCUGCAGGAACUACAUAUUCCACGAGUCCUGCAGGAACUACAGCAAUAAGAGGACCACACUGUAAACAAAGCUCUGCCCAUAGAAAAAUUCCCAUGCAAUCGCCCCUCUACCCACCCCACCCCACUGUCCCUCUCUAUAAGCUGCCCCCAUCUCCAACCUAGCAUCCAGGCAACCCAAAGGCAGGGAUUCCCUUCUGAAUGAUGUUGUACAGUGGAUAGUGUAACAUUCAUAAUUUAUUUUUGUCUGAGUUUUGAGGAGAAAAUCGGGAACUCUGUACAUUCUCUGAAACGAACAAAGAAAACAACAUAAUCAACAACAACAAAAGACACUUGUGAAGCUGAGCAUGGGCUGAUUGUGUGUUGGUGAGAGAUGAAGAAUGAUGAAGAUUUGGAUAAUGUUUUAUGCUG